GGGGAGGGGGCGGUAUCUGUGGUCCAAGUUCACAUGUUUUCCCAAAGCAUUUCAAACUCUUGACAAGACUGCGACAUGAUGGAGUCCAUCAUCACCAAAGUGACAGUAAGCGACGUGAGGUUUCCCACGUCUUUGGAGCAGCAUGGAUCAGACGCCAUGCACACAGACCCGGACUACUCUGUGGCUUAUGUGGUGAUUGACACAGACUCUGGAAGUCUUAAAGGAUUUGGGUUGACAUUCACGGUGGGAAGAGGCACUGAGAUCGUUGUGUGUGCAGUAAAGGCCUUGUCAGCUUUGGUGAUUGGAAAAACAUUGGAGGAGAUAGUGAGUGACUUUAGAGGAUUCUACAGACUCCUGACAAAUGAUGGGCAAAUGAGAUGGAUUGGUCCAGAAAAGGGGGUUAUCCAGCUGGCAGCGGCUGCCAUCCUAAACGCUAUCUGGGAUAUGUGGGCACGUGCAGAGGGCAAGCCCCUCUGGAAGCUCCUUGUGGAUAUGGACCCAAGGCAGCUUAUCCGCUGUAUAGAUUUCACUUACAUCACUGAUGCGCUUACUGAACAGGAAGCAUUAGAUAUCCUGGAAAAGGCCAACAAGGGAAAGCAGGAGAGAGAGGACCAGAUGCUGAAGGAAGGAUAUCCAGCCUACACCACAUCCUGUGCCUGGCUAGGAUAUUCAGAUGAACAGCUCACACAGCUGUGUUCUGCUGCACUAGGUGAAGGAUGGACCAGGUUUAAAGUGAAGGUAGGGGCGGACUUGGAGGACGACAUCCGCAGAUGCAGGCUCAUUCGAAAAAUGAUCGGCCCUGAAAACACGCUGAUGAUUGACGCCAACCAACGAUGGGAUGUCAAUGAGGCCAUUUCUUGGGUAAGCAGCCUAGCAGAGUUCCGUCCUCUGUGGAUUGAAGAACCCACCUCUCCGGAUGACAUCCUUGGACAUGCUGCCAUCUCAAAGGCUCUCGCACCUUUGGGUAUUGGUGUUGCUACUGGAGAACAGUGCCACAACAGGGUGAUGUUUAAGCAAUUUCUGCAAGCCUCUGCUUUGCAGUUUGUUCAGAUUGACAGCUGUAGGGUGGGCAGCGUCAACGAAAACCUUGCCAUCAUGUUAAUGGCUGCCAAGUUUAAAGUUCCGGUGUGUCCUCAUGCUGGUGGAGUGGGACUUUGCGAGCUUGUUCAGCAUCUCAUUCUGUUUGACUACAUCUCAGUGUCUGCCAGCCUGGACAACAGGAUGUGUGAAUAUGUGGACCACCUUCACGAGCAUUUCCAAAGUCCUACCGUAAUCAGAAAUGCGUGCUACAUUCCUCCUAAGGAUCCUGGGUUUUCAUGUGAGAUGCUGGAGUCAUCGGUGCAGAAACAUCAGUUUCCUCAUGGAGAGGUGUGGAGGCACGUUUUGGGGCAGAAACACUCACCGAUAAUCUAGGGUGACUGCUGAUUAACUAAACAACAAUUAACAAAGGGCAAAUGUUUCAUUUUUCUAGAUUUUUCUCCUCAAUAAGAACAGAAUUGUUUACAAAGUACUAAAUACUCUGAAGGCGAAUAGUUUUUAACAGAAAUUAAAUUUUGUUUGAUUGACACUUUAUCUACUAUCCUAAUUAUAUGACGGCAGCAAUAAGGGAGACCUUAAUUGUAACUUGAAUGACUGACACUAUGGAAAAUGUGAGCUACUUUUUUCUACUUAGGAAUUUGUCACAAAAUAAACUACAUUCUAAUCUCA